AUGCGGAAGCGUAUCAUGUUAAGAACUAGUUGCAUCCGUCCUAGUGCUGCCGAGGAGUAUGCAAGUACUGCUGUGAACUUGUUGGAGUGCCGCAGUGGCCAGAAGAUUAUUGCUGUGGAAAUGAUACAUGCUGCAUACAGAGACAACACUCUUGGGCUUCCCAAGAUCUGCCCUCCAGAGAAUGUGAUGAAGAUUGACAGGUCAACCCUUUUCACCUUGAAGAAACACCACACACCCUCUCGCAUGGUUCUAGCAGGCGUGGGGGUCAAUCAUGAUGCUCUCGUCGAGUGUGCACAGAAGUAGACCUUUGUUGACUCGGCCAUCUGGGAUAUGGAGCCAGCACUGGGAGCUCUCGCACAUAUAGAAAGUGGAUCGGUCAUGGCGCAGUACAAUUUUUUUUUGUUACAGGAAGAUGCAGAUCUCUCGGAUGUAUCCCUGGGCCCAAACCCUCUGCCAGAAUUAGCACACUUGGUAAUUGGCUUAGAGUCUGUUGGCCACCAGCACAAAGACUUUGUUACGUGCUGUGUCUUGAACAUGAUGAUGGGAGGAGGUGGAAGCUUCAGUGCAGGUCCUGGCAAGGGCAUGUACACACGUCUAGACAAUUAUGGUUAUGCUUUCAGAUACCACUGGAUGCACAAUGCGACUGCAUACAACCAUGCAUACAGUGACAGUGGUCUCUUCUGUAUCCACGCCUCAGCCCACCCCUCUCACCUUGGAGAACUCACACAGGUGUUGACCCGUGAGUUUGCUGCAAUGGCAGGACAUGUCGGGAAGGAGGAACUACAGCGUGCAAAGGUGCAGCUCCAGUCAAUGCUGUUGAUGAAUCUAGAAAGUCGUCCUGUAGUUUUUGAAGACAUUGCUCGCCAAGUGUUAGCCACAGGUCAUAGGCUACAGCNNNUACAUUUUUCAGAAAAUGUGACUGCUGAUGAUAUAGUCAGAACAGCAGGACAGAUGUUGCGUGGAAAACCGGCUGUGUCUGCUUUAGGAACACUUGAUCGUCUACCGAACAUCUCAGAUAUUGAAAGUGCAUUAUUACAGAAGGAUGGACAAUUACCUUCCAGAAGGAGAUUUACAAUUUUCCGAUAACUAUGUAUCACUUAAUAUAUUGAUUAUUAGUGUUGCAGAUAAGUAGGGAGACUAAAAUAAUGUAUGUAAAGUUUCAUGUGCUCAGUAUCAGUCUAGCAUUAUGGAUAUUUGAGUGUCUGUGGAUGUCUACUGUGAAAGCUCAUUUCCAUUCUUCAGGGAUAUUUGGCAUGUUUUGAGUCACAGUUAUUAAUGUAUGGAUGGCAUCCAUAGAUAAUGUGAAUGUGGCUGACACUGAUAAUGAAGUGCAAAGGAAACUUUUAAUUUACUAGUCUUUUCUAAGAAAAUGUGAUAAAGACAAACAGGUUUAUAAAGUUUGCAUUCAAGGGGAGGAAGAAUUAGGUAGAUAUAGAACAGAGGAAAAUAUUUUUUACAUGAUGUCCACAAGGUUCUGAAAUAGGAUAGUAAACAAAAUAUCAAAGCAAGACUGUUGUGCAACAAUGUAUAUAUAUUAAGAGUUUUAUUUGUUAGGUGCCAAAAUAAAUGGCUCACUGCUGCUCACAAGCUCAAAGAAAUUUAAGAUGAAAAGAAAAGCAUAUAGAAGUGUGAAUGCCAGGUUUGCUGUUUUAACCACUUGAGAAAUUAUUAUAUUGAAGAAUAUUUAAAAAUUGUAAGGGUCGUAUGCCAGAAAAAUGACUUUAUUAUAGAACAUAAUCAUGUUUUAUCUAUUUUCUCUGUGAUGUUAUAUAACUUAAACAUCUAGGAGCUUUCAAUAUCCCAUGGGGGCACAUUUUUGAGGGUUUGGAGACCAGACCUCAACUGAAAACUUUUAUUUGGCUUGUACUAGAUAACGAAAUUUAAUGCAGAGUGGUCUUUUUCCUUUGUUCUGUUGAUUUAACUUGUUUAUUUUCUUUUUCUCUCUCAAGUACAGGAAACUUGUGUGACAAGGUCAUGACUCUUCAGGCUAAUAUUUCCCUCCCUUACUCAAGAUCUUAGCAGUGUGGAUAUACUGUACUCAGAAUAUAUAAGAAGGAGUUGGCUGUAGGCCAGUUAGAUUACCUUGCAUCAUAGCAAGAGAAAUGAUGGGUGUAGGUCAUGUUAAGCUCAGUAGGAUCACAAGAUGCUUUGUAUGUGAUUUCAAGAGAAGCACUGUAUCAGAAUGAAGUUGGGAACAAAAAGGAUGAUUCUGAGGUCACUAAGAUAUACAUGCAUAUGGAUAUUCCUAAUCUUCAAUUAACAAUUGUUUAAUGAAGAUUAGGAAUAUCCAUUUUGUUAAUGCUUAGCUGCAAGCAGUAAAAAUGGUCCACAGUGCAUUACCUUCAAGUUGAAGUUGUAGAAAGAAGAAUAAAAAAUCAGUGUUAAACUAAUAUUUACAUUGAACAGAC